CCUUUUUCAGGGAGUUUGCGUUUGGGUUUCUGGUUAAAAGAGAAGAAAAAGAGACUCAGACAACCUCCGAGUCUCCUGUGUCCCUCCCGAGUCCCUACCGACCCGGCAAAAAUGAUGCCGCCGGAGCUUCAACCUCGCUUCCACCGCCCCUUCAUCUCCAGCUCCGUCAGUGCUCCCACCUUUUCCACCUUCAAUGGCGGCUAUUCAUCGGAACGAAGCCCUAACCUCAAGAACCCUCGCUUCACCCCUUCUUCCUUCCUCCACAACCCUAGAAUCGCCGUCGCACUCGUACCCUGUGCUGCUUUCCUCCUCGACCUCGGAGGUACCCCCGUCGUCGCUACUCUUACCCUGGGUCUCAUGAUCGCUUACAUCCUUGAUUCGCUCAGUUUCAAGUCUGGUUCAUUCUUCGGUGUUUGGUUCUCUCUUAUUGCUGCCCAGAUCUCUUUCUUCUUCACCUCCUCUCUUUUCACAUCCUUCGGUUCUGUUCCUCUCUCUAUUUUCGCUGCCUUCCUCUGUGCCCUCACCAACUUCUUGAUUGGAACCUGGGCGUCCCUGCAAUUCAAAUGGAUUCAGAUCGAGAAUCCCUCCAUCGUUCUCGCUCUCGAGCGCCUUUUGUUUGCUUGUGUCCCCAUCCUUGCUUCGUCCCUGUUUACCUGGGCGACUGUAUCGGCUGUUGGUAUGAACAACGCUGCUUAUUAUUUCAUGAUCUUCUCUUGUGUUUUCUACUGGCUAUUCUCUAUCCCGCGCUCCUCAUCUUUCAAAUCGAAGCAAGAUUCUGGUUACCAUGGUGGGGAGGUUCCUGAGGAAACCCUCAUCCUAGGUCCCCUCGAGAGCUGUAUCCAUACUUUGAAUCUUCUAUUCCUUCCCCUGCUCUUUCACAUUGCAUCUCACCGCGCUGUGGUAUUCUCUUCAGCUGCUUCUGUCUGUGAUCUGUUUCUUCUUUUCUUUAUUCCCUUCCUAUUCCAACUUUACGCCUCCACCAGGGGCGCUCUUUGGUGGGUCUCGAAGAAUGCACACCAUCUCCACAGUAUCCGCGUCGCUAACGGUGCUGUUGCAUUGAUCGUUGUCGUAGUCUCUUUGGAGAUUAGAGUUGUUUUCCAUUCGUUUGGUCGAUAUAUUCAGUUGCCUCCGCCUCUGAGUUAUCUUCUGGUGACUAUUACAAUGCUUGGAGGAGCAUCUGCAGCUGGUGCUUAUGCCCUUGGUAUGAUUGGCGAUGCUUUCAGCUCAGGAAUGUUUACAUCUUUGUCUAUCUUGGUUAGUGCGGCUGGAGCGAUUGUCGUGGGCUUCCCUUUAUUGUUUCUUCCCCUUCCUUUGGUCUCAGGCUUUUAUUUGGCUCGUUUUUUCACGAAGAAAAGCUUAACUUCAUACUUUACAUUUGCCUUGCUUGCGAGCUUGAUGGUUGCAUGGUUUGUUAUGCAUAACUAUUGGAAUCUCAACAUUUGGUUGGCUGGCAUGUCUCUGAAAUUCUUCUGUAAGCUGAUAGUUGCUAGUGUAAUCCUGGCAAUGGCUGUUCCUGGUUUCUCCCUUCUUCCGCCAAAAUUUCGAUUCCUGACCGAGGUUGGUCUGAUCACCCAUGCGCUGCUUCUUUGCUUCAUUGAGAAUCGUUUGUAUAAUUAUUCCAGCUUUUACUAUUUUGGGUUGGAUGAAGAGGUGAUGUACCCAAGUUACAUGGUUAUCUUGACAACUUGUUUGGGCCUAGCUUUGGUGAGGAGACUGGUUGUAGAUAAUCGCAUCGGUCCUAAGGCAGUUUGGAUCUUGACUUGUCUGUAUUGUUCAAAGCUGGCUAUGCUUUUUAUCACGUCAAAGUCUGUUCUAUGGGCAUCGGCUGUUCUGCUAUUGGCCAUUUCACCUCCAUUACUUCUUUACAAGGACAAAUCAAAAGUAGGUUCAAAAAUGAAAACUUGGCAAGGUUAUGCUCAUGCUAGUGUUGUGGCUUUUGCUGCCUGGUUUUGUCGUGAAGCAAUUUUUGAUGCUUUUCAGUGGUGGAAUGGAAGACCUCCAUCUGAUGGCCUAUUUUUGGGUUUUUGUAUUGUAUUGACGGGAUUGGCUUGCAUCCCCAUAGUUGCUCUUCACUUUUCUCAUGUUCAGUCGGCCAAGAGAUGCUUAGUACUUGUGGUGGCAACAGGUCUGCUGUUUAUACUGCUUCAGCCACCAAUUCCUUUGUCCUCGGCUUUCCGGUCGGACUUGAUUAGGGCUGCCCAUCAAACUUCUGAUGACAUCUCCAUCUAUGGUUUUGUCGCCUCAAAACCUACAUGGCCAUCAUGGCUACUUAUCUUGGCAAUCCUCCUCAUGCUGGCGGCAUUUACCUCCUUUAUUCCCAUCAAGUACAUUGUUGAGUUGAGAGCAUUUUAUGCGGUUGGGGUUGGAAUAGCUCUAGGCAUCUACAUAUCUGCCGAAUAUUUCCUGCAAGCGACAAUCCUGCAUGCCCUCAUUGUUGCAACCUUGGUCUGCACUUCAGUUUUUGUGGUCUUCACCCAUUUCCCAUCAGCUUCAAGCACAAGGCUCCUGCCAUGGAUAUUUGCUCUGGUGGUUGCUCUCUUCCCAGUUACAUACCUCCUGGAGGGCCAGAUGAGAUUCAAAAACAUCCUUGAAGGUGGAGCUGGAGUGGGUGACGAAGACAACAAGCUCACCAUGCUUUUGGCCGUUGAAGGGGCAAGGACAUCACUUCUUGGCUUAUAUGCUGCGAUUUUCAUGCUUAUUGCACUGGAGAUAAAGUUUGAGCUAGCUUCAUUGAUACGGGAAAGGACCCAUGACGGGGGUGGUAUGCACAAUCAGUUGGGUCAGAGUUCCUCAGCUGCAUUCCCUCCAAAACGUAGGCUGAUGCAACAGCGAAGGGCCUCAACAGUGCCAACUUUCACAGUCAAGAGGUUGGCCGCAGAGGGUGCUUGGAUGCCAGCCGUUGGUAAUGUCGCUACUAUUAUGUGCUUUGCUAUAUGCCUGAUUUUGAACAUCAACCUGACUGGUGGCUCCAAUCGUGCAAUAUUCUUCUUGGCACCAAUCUUGCUACUCCUGAACCAGGAUUCAGACUUUGUUGCUGGAUUUGGGGACAGGCAAAGGUAUUUUCCUGUGGCAGUGGUGAUCUCAGCUUACCUAGUCUUGACUGCUAUCUACAGGAUAUGGGAAGAAGUCUGGCAUGGGAAUGUUGGGUGGGGCCUGGAGAUUGGAGGGGCAGACUGGUUCUUUUUGGUCAAGAAUGCAGCCCUCCUCGUGCUUACUUUCCCUAGCCACAUCCUAUUCAAUCGUUUUGUAUGGAGCUACACUAAGCAGAAUGAUUCAACUCCAUUGCUUGCAAUGCCUCUUAACCUACCAUCUGUGAUAAUGACAGAUGUGAUCAAGGUUAAGAUAUUGGGGCUACUAGGGAUUAUAUAUUCCUUGGCGCAGUAUCUGAUCUCAAGACAACUCCGUAUUACGGGAUUGAAGUAUAUUUAGUUGAGUUAUACUUUGUAAAAUAUGUUCAGAGCAAAUUUUCAAGUAUGAAAUGUGAGAGUUCCAUUGCUCUGUUUUUUGCUUUGUGCUCGGAAGAAAUGAUGCUUUGGUGGGUAUGGCUCUUUCACAUCGACAUGAAUCAUAAUGAUGUGAACUGAGGUGAUGGUAUAGAGUUUCAUGUUUGAUGGUAGCGCUGCUGUGCGAGGAUAACCUUAAAGAUGUAUUCUUGGACCAGGAAGGCUAAUGCUUUGUAAGGCUGCUGCACCAUGGUAGAAAGUAGAAGUGGUACCUGGUGGAUUGUUGCCCCAGCGAACUUGACAGACUAUGAAUCAGUAAUUUUUUGGAGAAUUGGUAACAUAAAAUGAAGGAAAAUACCAUUUUCACCUUAGCAAAUAUAGUGAGAUGUAUUAGACAUUGAUAACUUUGAGCUAGGUUUUGGUUGGGAUAGAUAGAGUUGAUGUUAUGAGGACUGCAGUUUUCGGUGUAGAUGACACUGCAGAGAAGUUUCUCCCAGUCACAAUGAAAUUUGCUUUUCUGGUAAA